UUAGUACUCCGACAGUGUUCUUAGAUUGCAAUUAACGAAAUUACAAAACUAUAAAUUUAUUUGGAGUUUUUCUUUGGGAAAGCGGGUUUUCUCUUUUAGCUACUUGAUCUUUUUGUGUUUGUUUGAUGGGAAUUUUUUUUCCGGGAACAUAACCGGUCAUGAGAAAGUUGUCUUUCAAGGAUUCAUUCAAAGCGCUCGAAGCUGAUAUUCAACAUGCCAAUACUCUGGCUUUAGAUUAUCCAAGGGAAAGAGACGGAGCACGUCUUCAAAUGAGACUGUCCUACAGUUCAGCCGCUCAGUUUUUCCUUUUCCUUGUUCAAUGGACUGAUAUUCAACUCGCCGGUGCCCUGGGUUUACUCAAUAUACAUAUUUAUAUGACCUAUGCUGAUGGCAAGACCACCAUGUCCGUUUACGAGAGGAAAGCCAGCAUUAGAGAAUUUUAUGGUGACUUUCUUUUUCGUGCGGUAAUAUUUCCUUCUUUAUUGCAACUUCAAAGAGGAAUCACUGAUUUGGAGGAUCGAAAACAGAAAGAAGCUUGUACCGUAAGGUACCGUAGGAAGGAUGAAUCCGCAAGGGGGAAGAUCUCGGAAAUCGACUGUGAAAGGGAAGACGAAUGCUCGAUUUGCAUGGAGAUGAACGGUCUCGUCGUGUUACCUAAUUGCAGCCAUUCUAUGUGUUUGAAUUGUUACAAGGAUUGGCAUGACCGGUCUCAGUCCUGUCCGUUUUGUCGGGACAGUCUCGAAAAGGUCGACUCUAGUGACCUUUGGAUUUACAUAGAACAAGGCGAGAUCACCGAGUUAUCGUCGAUCCUUAGAGAGAAUCGUAAGAGGCUCUUCACGUACAUUGACAGAUUGCCCCUCAUCGUUCCGGAUCCUGUAUUUGCUCCCUUUGACGUCCAUGUUCGUUAGUUAACCCGACUUCUUAUACAUACGAGGCAGAUUAAACUGCCUGUAUAUAAUAACUAGCAUGAUAUGUAUACCCCUAUCAUACUUACCGUUUAAAAAUGUAAAUGAUUUCUGGUUCAAGCCUCCAUGAUUUCCAGUGGCUGACGAGCUUAUGACCGAUCUUUCGUUCUCGUAAAAUCGAGGUCGAUUUUCUUCCUGAUGAUAUCUACUGCUAUUUCGUUGUU